GGAACAAAACAGGGAACAACAGAAGCAGAAGAAGAGACGCUGCUCCAUCCUGUUUACAUUGGAGUGCAGUCAGCUGUAGGUGGACAUAGACAGACAGACAGACAGACAGACAGAGACACAGACAGACAGUAAGAAUGUGAGACAGGAGCUUGAGCUCCAGCUCCUCAAGGAAAUGGACGAGAUCAGUCCUCUGUUGGGCAACGAACCCCAGGAGAGGACAGACCUUCUGUCUCCGAACCUGCAGCCGAGACACCAGCAACUGAUCCCAACGCCGUGUGGACCGAUAAAGCGGUGGUCGGAGCUGUCAUGUCGGCUGAAGCUUUACUUCUGUUUCACCAUAGCGUCUCUGCUGGCGCUGCUCGGCCUCACGCUGACCAGCGUCUACAAGCAGCGCACGGAGACGGACGUGUCUGAUGAGGACAACUUCUCCGUGUCUCUCAUCCAGAUGGUGGGAAUACUGUUCUGCAUCUAUUACAUCAGCCGUGGCGUGCUGCAGGAGAACAGACAGGAGCUGGUGGUGUUCGUGCUCAGCGUGUUGAUCGUCAUGAUGCGAUCUGUGGUCAACUUCUCUGUGUCGGGGUCAAAGAGCAAGCAGGAGCUGCUGGUGCGUUUCGUGUGCAUCAUGUGUCUGGGCGUUGUGCACGUCUUCUGCACGUCGCUGCUCAUCAAGAGGCCCAACAUGAUGGCGUUCCGUGUGGGCGGGGCCCUGGAGAGUCUGCAGGAGCAGUACUUCUUGCUCAACCUGUGCUUCUCCAUGGUGACCUUUGACCUGCAAGCUCAGCUGUGUCUGUGUAUCCUCAUCACAACGUUGGACUCGGCCAUGUCUGCUCGCAACAGCAUCAUCCUGGGAGUUGGAGUGGUGUGGGCCUGCGUCACCGCUGCUGUAGGAGCCGUCGCAGUGUUGAAGGAAGCCAAGGUUCUGGUUUGGGUUUUCAUGCUGCAGAACCUUCCUCAAGUCGCCUUCUUUGUUUACCUGAUGUACACGGUGGGAGAGCAAUGGUUUGAGAACAAGACGUACACACUGGAGGCCGCCGCCGUCACCGGAGCUUUGAUCUCACUGGUGAUUAAAGUGGUUUUAAUCUGGGGCCUCGUCAGACUCGUGCACAGCUUCGGUCAAGGUCUGAGGGAGAGAAUGUUUGCACCAAGCAAGUGAGAAAACCCCAAGUGGUCGAGGAGGAGAAUGUCAGCUGAGGACAUGACAUCAGCAUCUGCAGAUUUUAUUCAACAUUAACUCCAACCAAAUAAUCAGUGAUUUUAUAAUCUUUUAAGUGUAUUUUUCAGCCUAAUGUGCAGAUCUAACUGUAUUGAGCUAACAUCUCUUUUGUCACUGUGCCUGUUGUACACUAUGUAAAACCCCACAAUGGUUUUUAACUUACUUCUAGUGCUGCUUUUAGACAUUACAUUACAUUUCAUUUAGCUGACGCUUUUAUCCAAGGCAUCUUACAAUAAGUGCAUUGAACCAUGAGGGUACAAACCCAGAACCACGAGAAUCAAGAAAGUAACAUUUUCUUGCACAUGCACUGAACUCUGGAUAACUACCGGACAUUCUCCAUAGUGUCUCCUCCCAGCUCGAGGAUUCACCACGAGCGAGUGAUGUGUGUUGAUGACGUCUCUAACACGUGACAAACUCAAAACAGAUUAAAAAAGCUAAAAAGAAAACAAAGAGAGACUUUGGUGUAAGAGGCGGGUGUCGAUGUAAACCAAACCAGAUGAUGGUUCCUGUGUUGUUAACGUGUCCGAGCGGAGGAUCUCCUUCUUCGUUGCUCAUGUGUGAAAGGUGAAGUCACUGUGCGGAGCGCCUGCAGAGUUCAUGUCUGAAAACAUUUUAUGUGCUGAAGCCAAAGUUGCUUUUUUAAAUUGCAACGCAUAUCUUGUGAAUCUACACACUGGAAUGUUGUAUUGAUUUAUUUUAUUCUAAUGUUUUUUCUAACCUUUCUACUGCACCUUAACGAACUGAAAGUGUUUUUUAUUGAAGGUUUAAAAUAUAAAAAACCUUGAUUGUU